GAGCUGAGGCGGCCGUGGCUCCUCACCCUUCCGUCUGCCCUUCUCCCUGCGGUGGCGCCCAGAUCCGGGCUAUGGGCUCCCUGCUGGCCCGGGUGGCGCUGGCUGUGCCCUCUCCCAUCCUGUCUGCCUUGAGCCAGCUCCCAUUGCUUCUGUUCCUGCCUCUGUCACCACCUGGUGGAACUUGGGGGCACCAAGCCCCAGAAGUCUCCACCUCGCUGUGGCACCUGACUGCCCCACUGCCAUCCCCACUGUGCCUGGCUUCGGGGUCCCCCGGUGAAGAACCCCUGCAGACCCUGGGCCCGGAGCCCCGCACCCGCACCCUGCGCAUCUGGAAGCGAGUGGGCGGGGCACGGUUUCCUCCUCCCUCCCUGGGACUUCCUGCCCCGGCCUGGGAAAUUCUUGCCAGUGGUCUGACUGGUUGUCCAGGAAGCUGCUCUCCGGGCUUCCCAGGGUGACCCCGUAUCUCCCUGAGCAGUGUGCCUGUCACGGCCGCCUCCCUCCCUCCAAGCCUGGGAACAGGCACAACCGGUGGGGCCCCUGCCUCCCUCAGCCCAGCAGCAGCCAGGAGGGAUUCGUGGCCCCCCGUGCACACCCACCCCGGCUACGGACCUCAGCUGCUCCUGGGCCUUCUCUUCCUCGGCCUCCCUGUGGCUGCUCGGAUGGAGAGGCUGCUGUGAGAGGAAGGACAGGCGGGCCCAGGGCCACCAUUGUCCAGCUGCACAAGCAGCUGCGCAGUUCAAGGGACUCCUGCAGGCCUGUGGCAGGCAGGCCGCGGCCAGCAUCUGGACUGCCUCUCUGUGACCCCUGGCGGGAGGCUGGGCCCACGGGCACCCACCGCCAAGGGCUGGCAUAUCUUGCUCCAGAACGAGAUCCUCAGGAUCUGGCCAGGGAACGCCUUGCUUUCCACCCGUCUUGAAUGUGCCCUUUACCCUUGACUGAGCCGGGUGGGCUGGGUGCGGCUGUGCUUCACAUCUACUCCCGUGGGCCUGGGGCUUGGGGUGCUGCUGGGGCAGUCUUGUGCCCCCACCCCUCACGUUGUUUGCCCUUUGUCACUUGGUGGGGCCACGUUGGCUUGGCUGGAGCUCACCUGGCUUGCCAGGUCAGGCUUCGCCUCUGUUCCUCCUUCCUAGCAGCCUCCGCUUAGGGUCUCUUAGAUACUAUGGGUCAUUGCACCUGUGGAGCAGAUUCCAUCUCCCCUUCCUGCUGGGGAUGAACUUGUGAGAUGUGUGGGCCACAGCCAGGUGGCCCCGGAGCGGCCCCAAGAUUACUGUGGCGACACCCAGGUCCCAUCCCGACUGUGCCCUUUCCUUUACUGGCUGAGCCUGGCUUGUGCAAGCACCUCUUUGUCGCUCCUGGGUUCACUAUACCCUCACGAGGAGCCACUGGGUCCCCUGUGACCCAGGUGGAGCGGUGCCCUGGAGAGGAAGAUUUGUCGUCUUGGUGGGAGGGGCCUCAGCUCGGCUGCUCAGACUUGGAGGCAAGGCAGGGUGGAAGGCUUGUGUUUGCUGCGCGCUCCUGUGAUGACACAUUCCUCUGGCCCACGGUGCAGCCCAUGGGGAGUCUUGCGUGUGGCCCGGGAGCCUGCUUUCCAAUCUGUAAACACGGGGCGUGUGUCUCAGCAGUUGUGAGUGAGCGAGGGGGUGGCGAGCCGGCCGCACAGGUCCUGCGGCCUUAGGCCGCCUUGUUGCCCAACAGGCGGCUGGGGGCGGGCCGUGGCCACUGAUUAAAGGCCGCCCGGAGCAGCCUGUGUGGAGACAGGUGCCCAGCAGCCCAGGAAGCCGGCCAGCGCCCGCCCCAGCUUUAGGCUCUGCUGUCCCCGUGAGCACAUCAUCAUGUCUGAGGUGCCCCGGGCUGAGACUUUUGUCUUCCUGGAUCUGGAAGCCACUGGACUCCCCAAUAUAGAUCCCGAGGUGGCCGAGAUAUCUCUGUUUGCUGUGCACCGCUCCUCCCUGGAGAACCCAGACCGAGAUGAGUCUGGUGUCCCUGUGCUGCCCCGGGUCCUGGACAAACUCACACUGUGUAUGAGCCCAGAGCGUCCUUUCACUGCCAAGGCCAGCGAGAUCACCGGCUUGAGCAGUGACGGCCUGGCCCGGUGCCGGAAGGCUGGCUUUGACCGCGCCGUGGUGCGGACUCUACAGGCCUUCCUGAGCCGCCAGGAGGGCCCCAUCUGCCUUGUGGCUCACAAUGGCUUCGAUUAUGACUUCCCCCUGCUGUGCACAGAGCUGCGGCGCCUGGGCGCCCACCUGCCCCCGGACACCAUCUGCCUGGAUACGUUGCCUGCGCUUCGGGGCCUGGACCGCGCCCACAGCCAUGGCACCCGGGCCCAGGGCUGUAAGGGUUACAGCCUGGGCAGCCUCUUCCGCCGGUAUUUCCGGGCCGAGCCGAGUGCAGCCCACUCGGCCGAGGGCGACGUACACACCCUGCUCAUGGUCUUCCUGCACCGCGCUGCCGAGCUGCUUGGCUGGGCCGACGAGCAGGCCCGGAGCUGGGCCCACAUCGAGCCCAUGUACGUGCCUCCUGAUGGCCCGAGCCUUGAAGCCUGAAUGCCAGGGGCUCAGUGAUGCCACCACCCAGGGGCAUGAGGCCCACUCCCAGCACCACGGGCAGCGCCAGCUCUGACCAUUCACUUGGGCUCUGAGGCCUGAGCUGGUAGUGGACCGGUGUCCCACUGUCCCUCUCCCCAUCCUCGGAGCCGGCUAGCCCCAGGCCUGCGUGCCUUCCGGGCCUUCUCCCGGCCCGGGCCUGUCUAACCUUGUAGCCCUGGAGCAUCCUCGCGGCCUGAGCCCUGACCUGUGCUACCCCUCACCUGGCCUCAAUAAACGUCUGCGACUACUCACCAGCUGA